UUUGUCCCGCGGUCAAUUCAUCGACCUGUCACGCUGAGAAGUUCGCAAAUAGGAGUGGGAGCAUCAUGCCGAUAAUAUCAAUUCUCAAGGUUGAGAACCCCUCCUGCCUCUGGGGCCGGGUGAGUCAGGACAACAUAGAGAAGACAGAACAGCACAAUACUCUGCUGACUCAAAUUAACCUCUUCUACCAUGACGUCAAUCUGGACCUGCACAAGCUGAAACCAAUGUCAAUAGAGGAGGGACAGGUGUAUGUGGUGUACUGGUCAAUGAUGAAGUCGUGGUGUCGGGCUGUGGUGGAGUCUGUUGUCAUGGACUCGGCGUCCUGUAGGGCUCGCUGCCUCCUGGUUGACUAUGGAGAACGACUCGUCAUCACCAAAGAUCAGAUCCGAGUUGCUGUUGAUAAAUUCCUCCAGCUACCUUUUUGGAUGAGGAAGUUCCACCUGGCAGGACUCAAACCAACAACCCUUCGAGUGUCUUUGUUUGAGGAAAAGGCAGAGUUGGUGCCAUCCACUCAGUGGGACAGCUCAGCUACACUCUACCUGCACAACCUGUUACAAGCAUCAACUCUGACAGAGGCUGUAUUGUUUGAAACUGAGUCAGACUCAACCUCCAUCAAUCUCUACCUUACUGUUGCAAACAUCAAGAUGUGUGUAAAUGAUGACCUUGUUGCAAAGAAGUUUGCAUGUUAUAGCAAAGGGUCACCUGAAAACACUAGAUUGGACUUGUUGGAUCGCAUUCCCAGCAUCUUAACCCUGACUGUCUCUGCACCUUCAAACAAGCUGACAGCAAAAAAACAACCAUCUCCUGUGAUAUCAAAUGGUGCAGUUGUUGACAGAGCAGAUGAUUGGCUAACAGCAUCAUCUUCAGCUCAGAGCCAACAGCAUGAGCUGAUGACCUUUGAGGGGGACAUCAAACCAAACAUUGCAGAUCAACCGACAGGCAACCGGUCAAGGAGCAGCUCUCACCCUGCUGCUGUAGAUAGUGACUCAUCAGAUGGCACAGACUCAUCUCUGGCUGCAGCUCUGACCAGAAACCUCAGCCUUUUCAAGUUCGUGAAAUUUCUGAAUCCUGGCAGUAUCUUCCAUCAGCCAGCUAAUAGUGUCAGUCAGCAUGAAGAGCUUAGCCAUGGUGAACCUAAAGAGACGAUUGCAGCCUCCGGCACCUGCACAGGACAGGAAGACAAUCAGCCAGUAACAGUUGAUGAAGAGGUUUUCCAUAUGAGUGGUGGAAAAAGUGAAGAUGCAGAUAUUGACCUAAAUCAUGUAGAAAAUCUGGCAGAUGAAGACACAAGCUCCAGUAGAUCAGUGCAGUCAGGACCAACAGAGGCAGACACGCCACGGAGGAGUAAAAUGGACCAAACCUGUUCAAGGUUUUUGGAGUGGUUGAAUCCGGAGCCCCUGGAGUCUCAUCCAGAGGCUGGAGAUGAUGCUCCUGACUGUCCUCAGGUGGUUCCUAGUGAUCCGAUGAAAAGUGGCGUUUUGGUGCACUCAGCGUUCACAGUUCAGCCCUGCACCAGUUUGGAAGAUGCGCCUAUCACCGAUGCUCUCCGCUCGGUGCUCCGGAGGAAGCAGUACAGCACUCUGUCUCCAGCUGACCGUUACAGCUGGCCACCUGUGUCUCAAGGACACAACACCAUUGUCAUCUCCCAAGGUGCUGACCAGCCACUCAGCUACCUCGCCCCACUCCUUAGCCACAUCCUGCUGAAUUCCAUCUUCUGCUCCUUCACCUCCAGCACAGGGCCCAUAGUGGUGGUGCUGUGUCCAAAGUGGGAGAAGGUCCAGACAGUGUAUGACCUACUGGAGAGUAUCAAGGGUGCCCAAAUCCUUCAUCCAUUCAGUCUGUUGGUGGGUGUCGGGAAGGACGAGGCCAAGACUGUCAAGAUCCCAAAGAACUGCUUGCUAUUGGUGACCACUCCCUUCAGUUUGGCCCGUCUGCUGUCCUUCCACUGCUUCAUGUUCCUGCGUCUGUGCCACCUGGUGCUGGACGAGGCCGACCAGCUCUUCACUCAUGCUCCAGAUGAGAUGGCAACCAUCUUGCAGCAUUUCCAGAAGGUAACCUCCAGUGAGGGGAAUGUCUCCUGGCCUCAGCAGCUUGUUGCUGUGGCCAAGCAGUGGACAAGUCACAUGGAGGCAUUGUUAACCAAUUAUAUGCCAUAUCCCUGCAUUGUCAUAACCAUCCCAGAGGAAGCUGCUCUCUAUGGUAACGUUCAGCAGCUCAUCCUCAUGACUCCAGAGAGCAGCAAGAUCUCAGAACUUUUGGGCACACUGGAUUUCAGCCUGGAUGUUUGUCAGAAGACUCUGAUCAUUACCAACUCUGCUCAGGAAGUUGAAAAUGUGUUCAUGGCUGUAAAGAACAAAUCAUUGUUCUGCCUCAAGACUCAUGAGGGCUUAACACACCAGUUUGAGUUUGUCAUCCAGGAGUGGAGGAAAAACAUCGGCCGUGGCACUCAUGUUAUUUUGGUAACCACCAAUGAGUGUCUCAAGUGUUUUGGGAUCAAAGAUGCCACUUGCGUCAUCCACUACGGCUUUCCCACUUCUCCCAAGCUGUUUGGCAGUCGACUCCUCUGUUUGUCUGACAACUUCAGAAAUUUCUCAGGACGGGUUUUAACCCAGGAUCAAACAGAGAGCUGUCCUUGUGUCAUCAGGUCAGUGCUGCUGAUUUCAGAGAGGAAUGCUCCUCAUGUUGUCGGGGUUCUGCGCUAUCUGGGAAGAACAGACGCCCUGCUGCCCCCUGAGCUGCUGUCCUUCGCCCAGGGUGUCCUUGUGGCACGGGAGGAUCUCAAGAUCAACAGACCUCUUUGCAGCUAUCUGAAGAACUUUGGAGUUUGCAGAGACAGCAGUACAUGUUCUGACCGUCACAGGUUCAUUUCCCAGCUCGACCAAUCUGACCUCCCCACCUCUGGAGUCAUAGAAGUCGUACCAGUCUACAUCAAGACAGCGUCUGUCUUCUACGGUCGAAUCGUUACAAAAGACAGUGGUUUUGAUAGCUUGGCAUCAGAGAUGACUUCUUACUAUGCUGAUAAGAAACCAGGAGCUGAAGUGUUGGUGGAGGGAGGCUUGUAUGCCGUGGAAGAGGAUGAUUUCUUCCACAGGGUGAAGAUCCUCUCUGUCCCAGACAGGCGUAACUGCUUGUUUUUCACACUCAUUGUUCGGUUCAUUGAUGUGGGAAAGGAGGAGGAGGUGAAAUCUCACCAGAUCCUUCAGCUGCCAGAGCAGUUCCACGCUCUGCCUGCCCAGGCCGUGGAGAUCAUUGUCUGCUCGGUCAAACCAGUUGAUGCUGAAAUCGACUGGCACCCAAAGGUCACCAGAGCCAUCAGCCAGAAGAUCAAAGGUCUGCAGCACCGGGCCAGAGCUGUUCUCAGUUUGGGAAACGCCGUCUUUGUUGAUUCCAUGGUCCGGGUGACUCGGGUACCGGGUAUGAAAACCAUUAUCAACGAAUAUGCCGUCCGGUCAGAGAUCCUGAAUACUGGAAUGGGAGUCGGCAACCCAGAGCAUCUGGACCUUCUGAAGCAGCUUUGCCAGGGAGGUGAGACCAACAACGGCAAAGAGGCGGGUCACAUUACUGGGUUGAAGGACGGAUCAAUGUCUCCAGAGCUCAGGAUCAAAGCUGAGGAAUGCGCUAUGGCUGAAGUCGUCAGGGCAGCAGAGGCCAGAAUGCUUUCUGACCUUCCUCAACUCGAGCCAGUGCCAGACCUUCCUCAACUCGAGCCAUUAAAUCUAGUGUCUUCAAUGGAGCAGUGCCCAGUCCCAGAAUCACCAGAUAAUCAACUGUGCCCUGUCUCACUGUGUGAUCAGGAAGUCUUGUCAGAUAUUCAGGCUGCAAAUGAACAGAGGAGUAAUCACACUGGGAAACAAAAUUCAUUUGAACAUAUAAGGAAUGGAGAUGGAGAACUAUGUCCCACCACCAGCCUGGCUGCUGGCAAUGAUCAAAACAACAUCCAACAGGUCACCACUGAAAUAGUCAGCGAUGGCUCCACAAAAAGUUUCCAUCCUCAGGUCCGCUGGUACCAGACAUCAGACUCUGUGAUUGCCACAGUGAAGCUGAUGAACCCAGAGAGCCAGCGCUGUGACUUCUACCCUGACAGAGUCACCUACAGUUGCAGAGUGAAUGGUCGGAACUACAGAGCAGACCUGGAGCUUCACGACAGCAUUAAUGCGGGCAGCUCGCACUGGGAAAUGAAGUCCAAUGAGCCAGUCAUUAAACUGGUCAAACGACGACGGGGAUACUGGGAGAAACUUCUUAGAAACAAGAAUAUUUUUGUGAAUUAUGAUAUGGAUCACAUUGAACAGGAUGAAGACAAAGCUCCAAACGGUCCGUCGUUUGUGGCGAACACAGGAGAGAAUGACUGGUAUGUAGACUCAGAGACCGACAGUGACUGAUGAUGAAAGGGCAACAAACAUCAUGUUCAGUGCCUUUGUGGGUGUGCACUUCAGGGUUUGUUGAAUUAACCUGAUGCUGUCGCAACCAUCUUCAGUAAGUAGCUCUAGAA